CCAUCUUUCCACGCUAACUGGUAAACUAAUUGAAAAUUAUAGAGUUUCCCACUUGAUGACAGCCCGACUUUACGCGGCGACUUGACCGCCUAUUUUUUGAAUUGAAAUGAAGGACGGCAGUUAUAUUUAAAUGUGAAAUAAUAUGAUACUGGACCUGUGUUUAUAUUUAGAAAAGUAAAUUAUUAACCUCCGUAAACGCAUAGAUAACAUCAUAGUUGUGUGUAUAAACAGCAAGCUUGCACAGUAAAAUAAGUCUAAAAUGCUCAUUAUUUCAAAAUACAUGCAGGCUUUCAGUGUUUCACAAAUUCAGCCAUCUUUCAGAAUUUUGUUUGAACAUAAUGUGAUAAACAAUUACCUUUCAAAAUGCCGAACAAUGCGGAACUAUGUAAAUACCUCUGAACACCCUGCGCGGCUUGAGUCCACCCUGUAUGGAUGAAAAUCGAUGCGAACAACAAAACAGACCUUGAAUACCAGAAAAACGAUUGAAAACUCCAAAUGUAGAACAACAGCAAUUUUAGGCUGCGCGGCUGCAGGGCUUUUCCAAAUGAUGGGAGAGGUAAAAUGCGAUGCGUCAAUAAAGAACCCUUUUAAGACAGGAAACGAGCCUGAAGUUAUAAUAAGAAAGGCCGUAACUGCACUUAUUAUAACCGGGAUCAUUGCCGCUGUAAACUGGCUUACUUGGGGCCUGUUAGCCAAUCCUAUAUUAGGAUUAUUGAUCAUUUUUGCUGGUGUUUACUACGAAAUUGACAGACAAGAAAAGGAAAAGUCUACUAUCCGCAUUAAGCUAUAAGAUAUCUGCCUAUAAUUGGAUUUUUUCGGGUUAUACAUACAGGGUGUUCAUUUGAA